AUGGAGAGCUUCAACAACAACGACAAGAGAACCAUUGCUCUAGGAAUGCCUCCAUUGCCUCCAACAAGCGAGACAAUGACUGGACAAAGCUCUCAAAAGCCUAACAUAGACCCUCAAAAGCUUAAGAGGACGUUGGCAAAUAGGCGAAACGCUAAAAUGCAUCAUCUCAAACAAAUUUCCAAGAUAACGAAACUGGAACAGACAGUGCACUGUCUUGAAGGUGACAUAGCAAGGUACUCCAUGGAGAUCCACCAUCUGAAAAGACAAAGGGAUUUGUUCCUGAUCGCAAAUGGCGAUUUAAAGCAAAAACUUGGUUUUCGUUCACUCGAAACUGGAUCCAAAAAAGCUGAAUAUGUGGAACUGAAGAAAGAGAAGGACGAGCUACAGAAGGUGUAUGUGGAACAGCAGCUAAAGUAUGAAGAGGUCAUGAAGAGCAACAUGGCAGAUGCUCAAUUUAUGGUCAUGGACCCGCUGGGACAUCCGACCUAUAACUUUAUGUAG